UCUCUCUCUCUCUCUCUCUCCUGCUCCUCUCUACCUUGCCCCGGCGCCUGUGCAUGCACACACACACGCAGUAUCAGGCCGAUGAAACACCCGCCUGCCCUCCCACCGCCGGGCGGCUGUCGACACACCCCGGCCGGACUGCUGGCCCGAGCUGACGCCGCCACCCUGGGCCGAUCGUGCGGCGUAUGCACCCAUGUGGCGCUGCCCACCGGCCGGGCCCUCUCGCUGGCCCGGCGCCCGACGGAGAUCCUGUCAGUCCGGGUCCCGGUGACCGGCGAAACGGCACGCGGCGGCCUGGGCCGCCCCUCGCCCCGGCGCCUGCGCUGGCGCCUGAGCCCGGCGGUCUUGCGCCCGGCUCCGGAGCUGGCCGCCGGAACGUCGGCCCCGGCCGAGGCCCCGGCCUCCGGCCAAUCGGUCUACGCCCUGGAGUAUUCCCCCUGCGGGGGGUACCUGGUGGCAUGUGCUUCGGAUGGCGGCGUGCAUCUCUUUGACGCGGCCUCCACGGAGUUGCUGCUGUCGGUGCCGCACGCGCACUCGGUCGGCCCCUUCGGCGGCACCGCGGCCAAUUGCGUGGUCUUCUUCCGGCGCCGGUGCUCGUCGGAGGAUGCGCCGGAGGAUGCGCCGGAGGAUGCGCCGGAGGAUGCGCCGACCCCGGGGGCCGGUGCCGGCCCGGGCGAAAUGUACUUCGCCACGGCCGGCGACGAUGGGGCCGUGCGCCUCUGGCACCUGGCUGGCCUGCUGGCGGUCCUCGAUCAAGUUGGCGCGCCGGCCGUCCUGCCGUAUGACACCCUGCGAGUUGGGCACCCCGGCUGUGUGGUCGGCCCCGGGCUCGGGGAGGACCCGCACCAUCGGGAUUGGAUCAAGGGGCUGGCCAUGCUGCCGGCCCCGCUGGACCCCGGGCUGCGCCUGCUGGCUUCCUGUGGCAUGGACGGCGCCUUCCGGCUGUGGGACCUGGAGGUUCUGCUGGGCGGCCAGCCGGCCGCCCGGGCCCCGAGUGUCGACCCGGAGGCCGACGCGCCGGAGCUCUGGAAUACCGACCCCUGUGCCCGGCUUUGGGGGCCCUCCUCGCCGGCAUCCUCGGUCCAGGCCCCGGGCUCCGAGCCAAGCUCCAGCGCCAGCCCCGGCCACCUGGCGCGCCCUUGCGACUCGCCCGACACCACGGCCCCGACCGACACGGAGUCCGACUCGGACCUGGACCCGGACCCGGACCCGGGGUCCGGCUCGAGCUCAUGCUCCGAGGCCUCGGAUUCCGGCUCGGACACGGAUGCCGACUUCUCGGGCGACAGCUCGCUCGAUGACGAGGACUUCCUGGACAGCCUGGCGGCCGAGCAGGCCGGCGCGAGCCUGCCCCCCGGGUGCAUCGCCUCGGUGGCCCUCGGGGGCACAUGCGUCACCGCUCGUCUCAAUGAGGACACCCUGCUCGGGUGCACCCUGCUCUCGGGCAAUGUUGUGCUGGUGAGCUUGGCGGAUCCGCUGCGCGCAUGCCAGGCCCUGCGCGAGGCCCAGGCCCUGGGGCUGCCGGCCUUCGAGGCGGACUUCGACCGGCCGGUGGGGGCGGCCCAUGCGGCUCGCCGGGCCGGCGCCUACGAGUUGAUGGUCUUCCCGGCCCCGGCCGGAUGCAUGGGCAUCGCCAUCAGCCUGUCGCCGGGGUGCUUCCACUCGGCCCCGGGGGCCCGGGCCCGAGUCGGGCCCUUCCGCCGGGAUGCCUCGCACCGGGCCGGCGGCCAUGGCCUGCUGGCGGUCCUCUACUCGGAUGGCCGGCUGGCCCUCUUCGACCCGGGCUCCGGGGAGCUGCUCUUCUCGCAGCUCGUCGACCCGGCCAUGCAGACGGCCGUCCCGUCGGCCGACAUCCCCCGGCUUGCCACCACCCUGCGGUCGAUGGCCUGGUCCCCGUGCGGGGGGUUCCUCUUUUGCCCGGCCGUCGGCCUGGGCCUGCUGGUGGUGGAUGCCGGGGCCGUGGCCGCGGCUCGCAUGGCCGCCAAGCCCGGGGCCCAGUGGGUCCCGGUCUCGGGGGGGGACUUCGCACGGCUGGUCCCCGAUGACUCGGCCCUCGACUCCGGGUCCAGCCUCUUCUGCAUGGCCAGCCGGCCGGCUCGCGGCCCGCCGGGCACCCCCGGGCCCCUGCAGCUGGCGGUCGGCAAGGAGACCGGCUGGAUCGGUCUCUUCCAGGACCUGGUGUAGCCGGCCUCACUCGUGUGCCUGACCCUCCCUCUCCGCUCUCUCGCUCUCGCGCGCGCGCGCUCUCUCUCUCUCUCCGUCCUCUCGGCGAGAAUACACGCUUCACUUGCCUUGGACGAUUUCGCACACGC